AUGAAGUCUUUCAUUACACAAGAAUUAGCUAAUAAAUUAGAUCUUGAAGUAAUUAGAAAAGAAAAAUUAUCGGUUUACACUUUUGGAAUUACUGCGCCAAUUCAAAAGACUUACGACGUCAUUAGAUUAGUACUUGAACAUAGAAGUUCCCCUAAUUCUAGAAUAGAAGUUGAAUUAUUGGUAACCGAUCACAUAUUAGGUUCGGACAUUCCUCCGCCAAAAUCAAAAGAAAUUAGACAAAAUAAACUGCUACGAAAUUUGAUAUUAGCGGAUUCUCUUGACAGUCAACAACCUGUUGGCAUUUUGAUCGGAGCAGAUUAUUACUACAAUAUAGUAACGGGUCACAUUAAACGUUUGAACAAAAAUCUUGUCGCUGUAGAAACUAUUUUUGGCUGGAGCCUACAAGGACGAGAAGGAGAAGAUAACUUUACUUUAUCAUUUAAUGUGAUAUUCGAAUCUGAUGUAGUAUACGAAGAUUGUCGGUAUAAAGUUAAAUUACCAUGGAAAAGUGACACAUCAAGAUUGGAUGAUAAUAGAGAAAUCGCGGAACAAAGGUUCAACCGACUUAGAAAUCGAUUCAAAAAAAAUCCGCAACUAUUUUCUGAAUACCAAAACAUAAUACAAGAUUACUUGAAACAGAAUAUAAUUGAACCCGUCACAGACGAAACAGAUAAGGAAAAUAUCGUGUUUUAUUUGCCUCAUGGGGAAGUAAUACGUGAAGAUAGAACCACAAGCAAAUUGCGAAUUGUUUUUGAUGCGUCAUCACAUGACUCAAACUCCGAAUCUUUAAAUGACUGUCUCCACGUUGGCCCAAAUUUGUAUCCGGAGAUAUUCGAAAUUCUGUUAAGAUUUAGAUAUUAUCCAGUAGCAUUUACUGCAGAUAUAAAGCAAGCGUUCUUACAGAUUCUCUUAGAUAAAGAAGAUCGAGACGUAACCAGGUUUUUCUCCACUGACUCCCCCACCAGUGACAAUAUCAUGCCUCUUGUUUAUCGCUUUUCAACAAUUCUUUUCGGAUUAAAUAGCUCAUCAUUUUUACUAUCAGCAACUCUCAAACAUCACUUUAAAAAGUAUAAACAACUCUACCCUGAAACAGUUAGUAUUUUAGAAAAUAAUGUUUAUGUAGAUGAUGUAAUUUUAAGUCGAGACACAGUCAGAGAAGCCUUGACUACUUCUUUGGAAACAAUCCACAUAUUCAAGGAAGCGAGCAUGCAACUACACAAAUGGCAUACUAAUUCGAGAGAAUUACAUGAACUUUGGAAAAAAGAAGGCAUAAUUUCAAAUGCAAAUUUUCAAAUUUCUGAUGCUGAAAACACCUCCUUAAAAGUUUUGGGCAUGGCGUGGGAUAAUUCCAGGGAUUUACUGUAUUUUGAUAUUCGAAGCCUAUUGUCAUUUUUAUCGAAGCCAAUUGAGACAAAAAGGUUUAUUCUACAAGUGUUAGGACGAAUUUUUGACCCAAUAGGAAUUUUGGGACCCUUCACUGUAAGAAUCAAACUCUUGAUUCAGAAGAUUUGGGCAUCACAUAUAGAUUGGGACGAGCCACUUCCUGAAGAUUUGAUCUCCCUAUGGAGAAAAUGUUUGUGCUUAGACAUUGGAAAUAUCGAAUUACAUUGCUUCUCAGACGCUAGCACAGUGGCAUAUGGUACAGUUGCGUACUUACGUUUCAAGACGAAUGAUAAAGAAAUUCAAACGACGUUCAUUGCUUCCAAAAAUAGGGUAACGCCAUUGAAAAUACUCACCUUACCCAGAUUAGAACUAAUGGGGGCAUUACUAUCUGCCAAACUGGGAAAUAAUAUAGUGAGAAUUUUGAAUUUAAAUAUUCCUUGUUAUUUUUGGACCGAUUCAAGCAUAACGUAUUUUUGGAUCAAGAAACAGCCCGAUGCAUUUAAACCCUUUGUUAAGAAUCGUGUUCAGGAUAUUCAGAAGUUGACGUCACCAAAUAAUUGGGGACACUGCAGAAGUUGUGAUAAUCCAGCGGACUUAGUCAGCCGUGGAGCAAAGAUCUCAAAGUUGAUUAAUGAACCCCUUUGGACACAAGGUCCACCUUGGUUGAGACUUUCGCCUGACCAUUGGCCAAAAUUGAUCCAUGAGAAAAUAGUAGAAGAAUCUCAGCUAGAAUAUAGAAAAAAAUCCCUGGAGACACAUGAACUUGAAUGUAUAGUCGAAAAUAGAGAAGACCCAGUUGAUUUAUCCAAAUAUAGUGACUUAGAAAAGUUGUUAAUGGUUACAGCAUGGACAAAACGCUUUAUCGCGAAAUUGAGAAAAUCUAGUAACAUACAAGGAGCUCUAAUUACAGAAGAGCUACAAGAAGCAGAAAAUUUAUUGAUACGAUGUGAACAAAAGAGACACUUUGGAGAAGAAUUAAAAUCUUUAAGUGUGGGUAAUUCGGUUGAAAAGAAUUCCCCGUUGUACAAUUUCGCCCCCUACAUCGAUGAAAAGCAAGUCAUGAGAUUAGGAGGAAGAUUGGAGUUCUCAGAGUUUUCUUUGGAUAAUAAACAUCCAGUCAUCUUGCCUACAAACUCCGCGCUAACAAGACUGAUAGUACUUAAAGAGCAUGAAAAAAAAAUGCACGGAGGUACAUCUGCUACUCUAGCCAAAUUUAGAUCUCGCUUCGGGAUCCCGAAGGGGCGCCAGUUAAUUAAAAAGAUCAUCAAAAAAUGCCUGAUUUGCCAGAAAUAUUUAGCCAAACCAGCAGAUCAAUUGACAGCGCCUUUACCGAAAGAUAGAAUCCAAGAGUCACCACCAUUUUCCAUUUGCGGAAUUGAUUUUGCGGGACCUGUAUAUGUAAAGAACUACAAAGAUAUGCAAAAGUCGUAUAUUGUUUUGUUUACCUGCGCAGUAACUCGUGCCGUACAUCUUGAACUUGUGUCAAACAUGUCGACACAAGCCUUUUUACUUGUAUUCAGAAGAUUCUUAACUAAAGAAAGAACACAAUGGAAAUACAUCAUCGAAAGAGCCGCAUGGUGGGGAGGAUUCUAUGAACGCCUUGUUAAAUCGGUUAAGGAAUGUUUGCGAAAAGUAAUAGGAAAAGCCCUUCUGACGUUCGAGGAAAUGACAACGCUUCUAACAGAAGUGGAAACAGUUUUGAACUCGCGCCCACUAUCUUACACCUACAACGAGAUAGAUGAACCUGAAGCAUUAACUCCCUUACAUUUUUUAAAUUAUGCAAAGAAUGACCACAGCUAUCCAGUUCACUUCUCUGAUCUCAUCGCCAAAACUUCUCCUGACCAAUUGAGAAGAAGAAAGGAGUAUCAGACAAAACUGUUAAAGAACAUUUGGCUGAAAUGGAAAACCCAAUAUCUUCUAGAUUUAAGAACUGUACAUCGCUUGGAUUGCAGUAAAGAAGGAAAAUCUCUCAAGAUAGGGGACGUGGUACUUCUCGAAGGAAGUAACAAAAAUAAGUUCUUGUGGCCUUUAGGUAUUAUUACAGAACUCUUUAAAGGACGUGAUGGACUUGUUCGUGCCUGCACAGUUAAGACAAAGGACGGACAAUACAGGAGGCCGAUACAACUAGUGUAUCCUUUGGAAAUGAUCAAUGGACAGUGA